AUGUCUCAAAGUCUAGAUGAUACACAAGGUGAAGUAUUACCUUCUAAUUUAUCACUACCUCCAUGUAUUCCUCUAAAAAGAGAAUUACUUCGAGAAUAUGAAGAUCAAUUCAGAGACACAACAACUGAUAGUCUUUUCCAAGACCAGAUAAUGCAAACAAAACAAAUGGCUGAGUAUUAUAUUGAUUAUGUUUUAGAUAAUGAUCAUUUGAAUUUUUCGGAACAAAUAUUGCAACAAUAUGUGGAUGCUUUUGAAAAUUUUAUCAAGUUAGAAGGAGAAUUGAACAAACUAAAACAAGUUCGUAAUAUAUCUGCCAUUGAAAGUUAUUCAUCAAAUUUGUCAUCGUUGACAUUGAAUAAUCUUGAUAAUCAGCACACCAUUAAUCAACUUUAUUUCCCUGAAGCUAUUAAACAAGAAUAUGCAAAUUUAGGGGUUCCAACCAUUCCUGAUUCAACUGUCGCUAAGCAAGGUUAUCAAUUUUUAAAGCAAGUUUUGUUUCUGUUUAAAAACCCUGAAGAUGCUAUACCUGAUGAAACAGAAGAUGAUGAAUUGAAUGUUUCUGGGGGUAAAAUUUCCCUUAAGGAUCCACUUACAUUGAAUUAUUUUGUCAAACCAGUAAAGUCCAAACGAUGCAAUCAUGUUUAUGAAGAACUGAGUAUUCUUCAUCAUUUGAAUACUAAAAAAGUAUGUCCUAUAUCUGGGUGCAAUGCAACAUUAACAAGAGCUGAUUUGAUACUUGAUAAAUUGAUGCUUAUACGAAUCCGAUCAGUGAACCGAGUAGAAAGACACCAUGAUGAAGAAAUGGAAACCGUUGUUUGA